AUGUCUUUUAAAGCCUAUAUAGAGAUAUCUGUAUGGAGGCCUGUGUUCGGCGUAUUAGAACAAGCUAACCCUUAUCUUUUUUCCCUAAAGAAUUAUUUGCUUAAUGGGGAUGUUAUAGACUUGGUGCAGCUUGAUCUCCCUAUACCAAUACAAGAGUUCUUCACACUGGCAUACGGUGUAAGCGCAGGGGCUUUAAUAGUACUUGCAAUGUUCGCCAAUGGGUGGUCGGUAGAACGAUGCGGCGUUGAAUUUCAGAAGCUGGCAAAAUCUGCUUUCCGGCCUCCAUUAACAGCAUCCGUACCUGGCGUAAAUUGGAUCCGGGCCAUUCUUUUGGACUUAUUGUACUCUGAAACUGAUAUUGAGAUUGCGCUGAAGAGCGUCUUUGGUGAAAAGGCCUUUACUGAAGUGGCGCAAGGAACACGAGGUUAUAUGGUUCUGAUAGCAGCAGAAAAUAUUAAGACGUGGGAAGUAGGAAGAAGUGCCUUAGCGGCACUAUUAUACUUCUGA